GGCGGGCGGGCCGAGUGGCGGCGCAUCUACGACCGGGUGGAGGCGCAGGUCGAGGAUCUCGCCGCCGGCCGCGCGCGGCUGGAGGCGAUCAACAGGAUCCAGCACGAGUUCUGGGACGCCCGCGACAAGAUCAACCAGGCGCGCCCCCACCAGGCGAUUCAUUCAUCGGACCACUCUGCUCUAGCUCCUAUCCUUUUAGCUAGCUAGGGUUUCUCUUUGCCGGCCUGAUGCCGCUGGCUUGUGUUGUCUUCUCCUCCCGGACCGACGGGAAGGCGGAGCUGAGCAGGAGCCGGUGGGAGGCGGCCUGCAGGGAGCUGCUUCCUGGGGAUAGCCCCAAGCUCGCCGAACUGCUAGAGAGUGAUUCGGAGGAUGCAAGAUUCUGUGAAGCUCUCUUUCACAUUGAAAACUCGGAACUGAAGGUACACCUAGAGGAAGUCGGAACUUGUGUAGAAAAAACUGCAGACCAUGAGCACACCGCGGCGGAUUUAAGAGCAGAGCUAAGAAAAUUGAAGCAAGGUUAUCAGACCCUGUGCUCAAAUAAGGAUAAUGAAGUUUCUUUAUUACUUGCUGAAAAAGAUUUCGUGUCGAACCAAUUGAGGACAAGAGAAAAGGACAACGCUGCUGAGAUACUUCAGAUAAAAGAAUUAGAAAGAGCACAAGCUAUUGAAGCAACACACAAGCUUGAGAAGAAUGUAGAGGAGAGCCGGGUGGUGGCCAGAAAUAAGGAUAGUGAGAUUCGCAGAUCACAGGCAGAAGCACAUGCUUUGAAAAAUAAGUUAGUGGUUCCUCCUGUGAGUAAGCUUCAUGAAACGCACUCCUUUGCCAGGGACAAAGAUAUCCAGAAACUCAAAGCUGGACAAUCUACGACUCUUAAGCGCAAGUGUGCCUCCUUACCAAAUGCAAGCAUAACUGGGUGCAUGCACCUGUCGGCCUAGAGGAAGCAGACUAGGCGCCAAUCGGCCAGCAGUGGGCCGACUGGGGCCAAUCGGCCAGCAGUGGGCCGACUGGGGCCAAUCGGCCAGCAGUGGGCUGACUGGAUCCAAUGUCCAAUCGGCCAGCAGUAGGCCGACUGGAUCCAACCAGCCAACAGUAGGCCGACUAGGUAAUAUUUUUGAAAAAUAUAAUUAUACCGUAAUAUUUCUAAAAUUUAAUAUAAAAAUGUAUUAUUUUAAAAGAAUUAGCUGGAGUAGCUACCUAGAUAGAAAUUGAAAAUCCCCCUCUUCGAUUCGAAGGCAACUUUGAUACGCUGCUUGCCACCGAUGACCUUUUGAUCAUGGGACGGUAAGGUCAUCCGUGACACGCAGAGCAUUAAAGAUGCGUGUUUCGUUCUCCAAUUUGUCUGUCAGGUUCGCAUUUCCUUUCUAUUAAUCCAUGAAGGUAUACCUGCAUCGUAUCCUUGAUGGUUCAGAUCCCUGAGGGAGCUCUGUAUGCAAAAUCGUUGCCCACAUCACGAGGGUUCUC